AUGGGCGAGCCGUCGCCGGCGUCGGCGGCCGCGGCAGCGGCGGGGUUUGACGGCAAGCUGCAGUCGCUGACUCAGCUUUUUGAGAUGGCCAGCAGCGCGACGGGCGUGGACCACCCGCUCUGCCUCGACUGCGCGGUGCAGCUGAAAGAGGAAGUGGAGGCUCAGGUACGUGCUGCCCGCCACGAGGCGUCAUGCUACGCUCACGCCCUUUCCAAGCUGGAGCAGGAGGGAGCUGAGCCGAUGAGCGAGGCUGAGUUUGAGAGGGAGCUGGCGCAGCUGCGUACGCAGGAGGACGCCGCGCGCACAGCAGAGGCGGAGCUGGAGGCUCAGCUGGCCAUCGCGCGGCGAGAGAGCGGCGCGCUCGCGGCGGCGGCAGCCGACGUGGCGGCGCUUGAGGAGCGGUACUGGCACGGCCUAAAUGACUACCACUCGCUGCUGGCCGCGCACGUUGCGGAGCGAGAUUCCCUGCUGACGCGCAUCGAGCGCGCCAGCGCGCGCCUGGCCCUGCUCAAGGGCACCAACGUGCUCAACGAUGUGUUCCGCAUCUGGCACGACGGCCCCUUCGGCACCAUCAACGGCUGCCGCCUGGGGCGCACUCCAGAGGUGCCUGUCGAGUGGGACGAGAUUAACGCGGCCUGGGGCCAGGCGGUGCUGCUGCUGCACACCAUGGCGCAGGCCUGCCAGAUCACCUUCUCAGCCUACCGCCUGCUCCCUAUGGGCAGCCACCCGCGCGUGGCGGACCGCCGCGGCACGUACGACCUGUUUGGCCCCGUCAGCAAGCUGUGGGCGCAGAGCUACGACCGCGCCAUGGCCAUCUACCUCGCCUGCCUCAGGGAGUUUGGGGACUUUGCGCGCGCCAGGGACAUCGCCGAAAGCCGCUCCCCUGCUUUUGAGUUCCCCUUCCCUGUUGAAGGCGACAAGGUGGGAAACUACUCUGUGAAGCUGUUCAUGCAGACCAAGGACGCCAAGUGGACCAAGGCGCUCAAGCUCAUGCUUGCAGACCUCAAGGUCUCGCUGCAGUGGAUGGUGCGGCGCGAGGCGCGGCAGGCGGCGCCGGCUCUGCCGGCGCUUGGCCAGGAGGGACCGGCG